GUGAAGUGAAAUUUACUGUUUGUUUUGUCGUGUUCUGUCGUGGGGAUCUACGAGUUGGUUCUAUGUGUAUGCCUUUCCCUCCCACGUUAGGAUUUCUUUGAAAGAUCUUCCAGAAGGUAUGGAUACGAAUAUCACUUUGUGGCAGUUUUUGCUCGAGUUGUUGCUAAGCGACCAGUAUAGCCACAUUAUAACAUGGACGAACAAAGAAGGAGAGUUCAAACUGGUGAAUUCAGAAGAGGUGGCUCGUAUGUGGGGGCUGCGGAAGAACAAAUUGAAUAUGAAUUACGACAAGCUUAGCCGUGCCCUAAGAUACUAUUAUGAUAAAAAUAUCAUCAAAAAGGUAUUAGGCCAAAAGUUUGUUUAUCGUUUUGUAUCGUUCCCUGACGUCGUGAAAACCGAAAACAAGAUUCCUUUCCGUAUAAAAAUGGAGAACAUCAGAAAAUCAGGCGGGGCUGUUUUCCCAAAGCCCCCGUCCAUUACAUCAGUGUCGUAUACGAUAGCCUCUUCUGAAAGUAAAAUGUAUCCUUCUCACCAACAUAUCGUCCCGUUAGACCUGCGGGAAGAUAGUGAAAAUAAAAACACUGAUACAGAAACAGAGUUCAAAGCUUCACCUCUUCUUCAAGUGCACAGUGUUACACCCGUGGUUCGAAUAUCGCCAGUCGUGAACACGACAACGUCAAGGGAAGUUGGGGUUAAGAGGUCGAACGAGGAGGAGGAGUGUUUGCAAAUUGAACAAAAUCGAAAUGACUCUGCAGAGGGCAGAAUUUCUUUUAAUCCACAAACUAAAAGAAUGAAAGUAGAACCAAGAUCAAACUCCACGACGACUUCUGUAUCCCAGCCAGUUACUGGUGAUUCACUUACACCUUCUUUUGUAGUGGUUUCAUCAACUUCUAAACCAAAACCAAAACCACCACCCAUAUUAUCUGUCCCAUGUAACUCGUCAAAUUGCACAAAGUUGUCCGAGAAUGGAUUUGGAUCUCUCCAGACUCCUGUAGUUACAUUCAGCAGUCCAUAUUUGCCACAAAGUAAGAAUGCGCUGAUACCUUUACCAAUUUGGAGUCCUUUAAGUCCUAUCGGCCUCGCAAGUCCCCGUUACUCUUCUCGAACAACAACCCACUUUCAGUUCCCUCCUAAUGCCACUGCUUUGAGACUUGGGUCUUAUUCACCUCUGACCCAGUAUUUCUCAAAUCCAUUUUCUCCUUUUGAUGAAAAUACGGUGUUAAAAAUCACACCGAUAUCUGUUGAACAGUGACCCACAGAGAAAUGGAUGAUUUUAUAGUCCGUCUCCAAGUCUUCCUCACUUCUCGACUUUGCUUCAGCGUAAGUCCAUUCAUAUUUCUAGUUUAUACCUGUGUUUGUACACGAGGCGUACAGCUCCAGAAUCAAAGAAAAAAUUGAAGCAUCGACAAGUGUAAUCAAUGAAAGGUACUGAACAAGUUGGUAACUUUUUGUACCUUGUUUUUACCCUGAUGUUUCUGGGAAAUAUCGUGUUUAGUAAAUUACGAUUUCUUUUCAUA